UCUUCGGUAAUUCUGGCAGCGGUGAGCUCCGUAAGCGGGCAGCCAAAUUCACGACAGUUCAAUAACUACCUAUAAUAAAAUAACCAUAAUACGAUAACAUAACAUUAUAACACAUCAUUAGAACAAGAGACAAGCAGGGAUUCUCCAUUGUCUUUGGAAGUAGGAUAUGUAAUCAUUUAAAGUUACAAACUACAAGGAUAGUGACAGUAGUUUAAAUUCUACAGCGGAACAGAGAAAUGAAAUUUUGGACAGAACUGCUGUUGAAUGCAACCCACCUUCCACUCUGUUGUGAGCUAAUUAGGAUGUAUUGAAUUAAAGGAACUUUUUGAAUCAAUUGCUCCAAAAUUAUACAAGAUGUCGAUCAAACAAGAUUUGAAGCAACUUAUGAAACCAUAUUAUUUAUUCAAUAUACUCCUUAGUUUAUCUUAUGUGGCAUUCAAAAGACUUCCAGUAUUCUGCAACUAUUUAUUCCACACAGAUCAAUGUGAAUUUGAUGGGAAAGAAACCGAAAUUUUGUUUUUCCUAAUUAUUGUGGUAAUGAUUCGUACAAGAAAGGCUGGUAGUGUAUCCAUGAUUAAUUAUCUCUCAUCUAGUUUCAUUUACACCAAAGCUGCAAACCUAAUAUUAUGGUUCAAUGCUGAUUUGUUGAUGGGAAUUUUUUAUGGCAUCAUUUUUAUUUUUGGAGCUUUUCUCUUUCCUGAACCUACUUAUAGUGGAGCAGAUCAAGUUGUAUACUUUAGAGGAGCUGAAAAUUUAGAAGAGGAACUUGAAAAAGACAAACAAGUAACUUGGCUCAUAACAUUUUAUGCUGUUUGGAAUCCAGCUUGUGUAAACUUUGCUCCCAUUUUUGCCAAACUCAGUAAUGUUUAUGGCUUGGAAAAUUUGAAAUUUGGCAAAAUAGAUGUAGGAAGACAUCCUGAAGCUGCAAGGAAAUAUCAAGUUAAUGACAGUAGUUUCUCCAAACAGCUCCCAACUGUUAUAUUGUUCAAAGAGGGGAAGGAAAUUAUGCGUAGACCCAUACCAGAUGAGAAGAAGAGUUUUGUCAAAUUUCCUUUCCAUGAAGAAAGCAUUAAAAACGUUUUUGGCUUAAAUCGUUUAUAUGAUGAAGCUAAAAAUUCAAUUAAUCCAAAGAAAAGGUUGAAGGCAGAGUAAAACCCUGAUGUCAUGUUAUUAGUUUGAAAGUAGAGAUGAGUAAAAGGUAAAGAAAUAAGUGAUAUCAAAAUUAUCACAUUUUUCACUAAUCAUUAAUUUAUAAAUGUUUUUUGAGAUUGAGUGUACAUGACAAAAAUUAUGCAAUUAUUAUAGAACCAAUAGAAUAAAAAUAUGUUUGAAUUUCAUUAGAUUCUCGAUGCGUAUGAUACAUAUUCGUGAUUGUGAAACUGAUUUUGGGUGUUUAUAUGAAAUAACAAUUUCCAUUUGAUCACAUUGUUAGAACCCAAAAAUUAAAAGAAAAUAUAUAUGAAAAGAAAUAACCAAUAUCUCCAUGAUUAUAGAUUUGAUUGGGUUCUUGCAAAGUUUCAUUUUAAUGGCGCUGUUGUUUCCAUGGAAAUAUGUAAUUUCAUAAUUUAGCCGUUUGUAAAGAAAAAUUUAGUGUUGAUAUUAUAAAGCUCUAGUUCAACUCAUGAUCAGCGAACCAACAGUUUGAAAGGUAGCCUUUGGCUGAUACAAGUUCUAUAUUAUAAAUCUCUUUUUGUGCCGUUUGAACAAACAUAUUUUGGAAAUGAUUAGUUUGGUUGCUGUGCUGCUUGUUAGAAUUUAUAUCAAUCGAACAGGUUUUUCUUUGUACUGUGUUGGUGUGGGCAACCACAUAAUUCAUUAUGAUUUUAAUAAAGAAGCUAAAAACUCCAA